AUGCCUUUACUACCACCUCCACCGCCUGCACCAGUACUGAAGCCUUUGCCGCCACACCCACCGCCUGCACCUCAACCGAAGCCUCUGCUGCCAUCCCCACCGCCUCCUGAGAAACCAGCACCGGUACCAUCACCUAAACGAGUCCCAGAGCCUUUGCCCGCGUUCCGAACCCCUCCAGAGGAACCUGCACAUCCGUCCGAAGCGAAACACGAGGCGAAACUUCCUGUGCCGGAGCCUGAACCUGAACCUUUACCCGUACAAGAGCUGCCACCCGUACCUCCACCAAAACCAGAACCUGAGGCUGAACCAGUCCCAAAGGAUGUGCCAGACCUCGUGUUGAAACCAACGCCGGCUCCAGAACCUGCGUCAGAAGUGGCACCGACUGUCCCCUCGCCGCCGCCGUCUCCAUCACCGCCGAUAAAGCGCGAGGAACGCCAGACUUCACUACCAUCUCAAAAGCAGGGAGAGAUACGAGAAUUUUUUAGGACGCGGCUGAUGAAACUUCGAGGCAUGUUCGCCAACUUUGGCAGAGUUAUAAUAGCACGCGAGGACACAUCGAGACCAGCCUCAGCAGCAGCUCCACAGUCUGAUCAGAGCCCCUGCAGUCCGCACAAGAGGCCGAUCUUCUUCAAGACGCCGGAGCUAAAUCUUAACGCUGCUUUCGAAACAACGAUUGCCGAUGUCCCAUGCAAUGCUAAGGCGGACGUCAAACAGUCCUCGGAAAUUGAGGUGGACAAAAUGGAGGCCAGACCAGCCUCAGCAGCAGCUCCACAGUCGGAUCAGAGCCCCCGCAGACCGCACAAGAGGCCGAUCUUCAAGACGCCGGAGCUAAAUCUUAGCGCUGCUUUCGAAACAACGCUUGCCGAUGUCCCAUGCGAUGCUAAGGCGGACGUCAAACAGUCCUCGGAAAUUGAGGUGGACAAAAUGGAGGCGCGAAUGCCACACCAUUCACUCGAACCAAGAUCCCACAGCACGAAGCUCGGAGGAGAACGGCCGCUUGCGCCAGCGAGGUUGAAUAUAGUUGCCGACUUCAAACCGCUUCCUGCCGAAGGGGCACUACCCGACAUCCGUCGUACAGUGUACACGGCCCCACCAACAAAGCUAGAGCCAGCAGUAUCACCAGCAACUGCGCGCAUUGUCUUACCUUCUUCACCAUCGGCAUUAUCGAAGACGACAAUGCUGUUGACCGCCCAGUUCGUGCCACCUUUAGAUGCCUCGAAAGACAGGAUAGAAGCUGAAGCUGGCGUGAUCGCGCGUCCCACGGUCUCACGGAUCGGGUCCCGGAGGCAACGAAACACAGCACGGCCGCGAAAGUCGCGGAGACUAACGCGCACGCAGAUUAGAGCCGUCUUCGAGCCAGUGACCACCGUUGAAAGAUCUCGCUAUGCCGAGGCUUCGCAGGCCGGAGCAUGCGGUUCUGAAACCCGCGUAAGAGAGCCCUUCUCCCCCUGGUUGCUUGGCAUUGAGGACGAGUUUGAAUGGGAGCAGCAGCAACAGACGGCUAGUGUACCCCCGUCUGGGUUUGUUAAUGUACCGGCAACAAUUCGCACGAUCGGCAAGCGAGACCUAGCCCAAGAAGCCCUGAUCGAUUAUCGAACUGUGGCUAGCGCUUCAGGGCUGAGACAUGCCAGCUUACCGCAGGCGCCAAGGCCUUUCUCCGGAUUCGCACCUGGACCGGCAAGCGUCGGCUCACUGAAAGCCACGAUAAGAACUACGCCCGCAGAACCUUCGCCGCUGGCGGUACCAGAACAGGCUGCUCUUCAAGUGCUGCCACCUUCAUCGCAGUUGCCAACACCCUCUGCAGUACCUUGGCGGCUACAGCCACCGCCACGUUCGGCGCGACGACAAGAUUUGAUGUUAUUUCCCGACACAACUUUGUCGACCGCAGAGUCCGUCGCCGAAGAACCUCAGUGA